GGAUUUUGCCAAGGCUCAGAGGGGAGCUAACUGUGAGCAGACUUUGCAGACGACAUGAAUUUUAGAUAAAAUUGCUAUGACUGUCCUAUCUAAGAGUCAACUUGACAGAUUUCAGUUUUCAUUGGAGACUAUGGGUGAUUGGUUACACUGUAAUACUUGUUAUAAACAGCCUGGGGAUGGCAGAGGAUAUUUUCUCACAAACUGUGGCCAUUUGUACUGUGAAGGGUGUCAAAGUAAAGGUUGGUUGGAAAAUUGUCUUCUGUGUGGAACCAAUAAGCCAUCAGCACUUAAACUGACUUCUAAGCUUACACCACCAGUAGAUUCCUACUUUGCUGAACCAAUCAAAAUGCUGAAGCAAAUCUACUCAGAAAUAAAGCAGGUUCUUGCAACUAUGGAGUUCCAACACCACCAGAGGAAAAGAUAUGUUUCACAGCUACAGAAAAUAGUGUCAAAUCAAAGAGAAAUUGUAGAUAAACAUGAGAGAGAACUGAAGUCCAGGAUAAGGGAAAAGUUUGACAUAAUGGACAGAGAAAACACAAAACUGAAAGAAGAAAACAGUUAUUUGAAGAGGUUGCUAAAUGAUAAGAGUAAUGGGAGUUUAAUGAGGAGUCCUUCAGCAUAUGACAAGAACAGAUAUAACAACUCUCCAGGCCAAAAAGGGUAUGGGUCUCCUUCAGGACUACAUCAGAUUUCACGUAGCUCAAGCACAAGCUCAAUUCACAGGAAAAUAUCUCCUGGUUCAGGGUUGACGAUGGUAACAUCUGGAAGAGUUUCUGUCAGAACACCUCCAAGUGGCGGUAGAAUGGGUGUGAUACCUCAAAGUACUCCAUCCCCAUUGACUUAUACUUCAAAAUGUACCCCAAAGUCAGUUCCACACCCUAUUGGAUUUGAUGUUAACAUGGAAACACCACCAAGGUAGUCAAAUGCUUGCAAGUCAAGGACACGUGACAGAAUUAAGAUGAUAUGUGAAUGCCAUGCAAAGAAUGCAAGCUACAUUGGAUUUCUUAAUCUAACUGAAAAUGCAUAAAAUUAAUGCAAAUGUGUUUUAAAAUAAAUCUAUAAAAUGCUGUAGUAUUUAAUAAGUUUGUAAUUCAUUAAGUUGAAAACUAAAGGUUACUUAAAUGAGUAAUUGAUCACUGUAUGUAAUGUAAAUUCGUAAGUGAAUGUUAUGUAAAUAUCAUAAUGUAAUGUAAAUCCUAUGUACUGUAAAUCAAAUGAACAUUGGAAUGUAAAUAUAUUGCAAUAUUACAAUAAACUGCUCCACAUUUAUCAAUGAUAAGAUACUUAGUCAUGGCGCACCUGCAAAAUGACUAUUUUUCUUUGUAAACAUCCCCUGUGUGGAAGGUAAAGUAUGUUUUUAUUCUAUGAAAUUGUUAAUAAAAUAAAAAAAAAUUUACCUUCAAAACGACACGAAAAAGCCUGAAUGGGAGCAUUUUGUAGGUGCGGGAUGUAGUAGUAUAGUAUGUAGUAUCCUACCUUUGUAUAUGUUAUUAAUGUUGUCAUUGUUUGGUUUCAAUUCAGAACUGUUUUGUUCAGAUGACCAUUGUUAAUUUAUAAAUUUUUAUGUCACUUUUUUUUUUCCAAAACCAGUAGAUUGUAUAAGUGGGCUUUCAAAGCACUUCAGAGCUUGUGUUACCAUAUUUUGCAUACCUGACUUUAUGAAAUAAAUGUUAUUUGACACAUCUUGAUAUGCUUACCUUUAUAAUACACUAGUCCAGCUGUUAUAAAAUUAAGACAUUUGACCAGUGAUGCGUGUUUCUAAUACAAAAUGUGUGUAACAGCAGUCCAAGUAUGUAAUGACAUGUAUAUUUUCUGCGACAUUUGAGUAUCAAUUCUUUCCUUUUAGAAAGUUUAAUGAUAGAUUUCAUGUAUGUUUAAUAGAUUCCAAUACAGAUGUUCUGAAUUCAGUGCAUGUUAUUGUUCUUAAGAUUUAUAUAGUUUUCAAAUGACUAAUGUUUAUAAAUGUUUUAGACUAUUAAUGAAUGUUGCAAAUUUUUCACACUUUCUAGCUAUAUAUUAUCAGACAAAAUCUAAUAUCUGCAUUAAAUGGUAUACUAUUUUCAUAGCCCCACAAAUAAAGCUUAGGGGAUGUAUAUGCAAAUGAGCUUGUUGGUCAGUAAGUUAAGAAUUAUUAUUUCCGGCUUAUGACUCUUCAGUAAGACAACACAUUGUUAUGGUCCUUGGUACACAGAUGUACCUGGGAACAUAAAAUACUGAUUUAGUUUUAAUUUGACUUCAGACAACUAAUUUUUAUCAAAGUGGGGAGCAUAUAGCGUUGCACUUAUCCGUCCGUCUGUCCGUACAUCCCGAAGUCUUGUGACUUCAACUCCUCUUAAACCGGAUGGCAGAUUUUGCUUAAACUUCCAGGGAUGAACAACCUUAAUGUGUAGAUGGUAGUAAAGGAAGGAAUUUUCGCUGCGACCAAAUUUAAUAGAAUUAUGGCCCCUUGUUGAUUUUUUCACUAUAUACUAUGUAGAAAUUUUGUGAACCCAACUCCUCUUAAACCAGAUGGCAGAUUUUGCUUAAACUUCCAGGGAUGAACAACCUUAAUAUGUAGAUGGCAGUAAAGGAAGGAAUUUGCGCUGCGACCAAAUUUAACAGAAUUAUGGCCCUUUGUUGAUUUUUUCACUAUAUACCAUGUAGAAAUUUUGUGAACCCAACUCCUCUUAAACCGGAUGGCAGAUUUUGCUUAAACUUACAGGGAUGAACAACCUUAAUGUGUAGAUGGAAGUAAAGGAAGGAAUUUUUGCUGCGACCAAAUUUAACAGAAUUAUGGCCCUUUGUUGAUUUUUUCACUAUAUACCUAUAUGUUGUCAGUGGGGGCAUCCGUGUCCUUUGGACACAUUUCUAGUUCAUGUAGUUAUGGCCCCUUUUUACACUUUGCGUUUUAACAAAAACAUGAUUUGCAGAUGAUAUAGCUUUAAUGAGGCUAUGGCUUGAAAUGGUAUUUCAAACCAUAAAAUGCAAGUCAAUUUUAAAUUUGGCAGAAAAACAAAAUGCUUGUUUUCAUCCCUGUGCUGAUGCUUUCAAAGUGCUCACCAUUUUGGUUUUAUUAGAGAUUGAAAAGCUUUGAAGUUUGUUUUUUAGUUCUAGUAUAAGAGGAAUAGGAGGACUAGCACCAUUGUUUUACAUAGUUAUGUCCCAUUUACUUUGUUUUCUACUUUUAACAUAAAUAAUAAUAACUCAGAAUCUGACACCAAUCCCAACAUAGAGGUAUAAAAUGAGCUGAAGACUACCACCAGGAAUAGGUAAGACCGACUUAAUGCACGAUAAGUGAUCCAGUCAUUAUUAUAGUCAUUAUUAUAAGAUCCAGUCAUUAUUAAGUGACCAAGUUGUCGAGUAUUGUUCUUCCUUUGCAGCUAAAUAAUACAACAUGUAUAUAAUCUAGUUCUAUAUAUUUCAGGUCAGUUCGGCCUUCCACACCCUAUUGGAUUUGAUGUUAACAUGGAAACACCACCAAGGUAGUCAAAAUGCUUGCAAGUCAAGGACACGUGACAGAAUUAAGAUGAUAAUUAUAAAUGUGAAUGCCAUGCAAAGAAUUCAAGCUACAUUGGAUUUCUUAAUCUAACUGAAAAUGCAUAAAAUUAAUGCAAAGGUGUUUUUAAAAAAAUCUAUAGAAUGCUGUAGUAUUUAAUAAGUUUGUAAUUCAUUAAGUUGAAAACUAAAGGUUACUUAAAUGAGUAAUUGAUCACUGUAUCAUUGUAUGUAAUGUAAAUUCGUUGGUGAAUGUUAUGUAAAUAUCAUAAUGUAAUGUAAAUCCUAUGUACUGUAAAUCAAAUGAACAUGCUGUACAUUGGAAUGUAAAUAUAUUGUAUAUAACUCUGAAUUUUAUGUAAGUUAAUUUCUUAAUUAAAUGUAAUUUAAAACUAAAA